CGGUCCUGGCCCAUUCGCUGCGCGCUUCGGCCAGGGAGGAUGUCGGGCUCUUUGCUCCCCAGCGCCCUGGCCCUCUCGCUCUUGCUGGUCUCUGGCUCGCUCCUCCCAGGGCCAGGUGCUGCUCAGAACGAGCCAAGAAUUGUCACCAGUGAAGAGGUCAUUAUUCGAGACAGCCUCCUUCCUGUUACCCUGCAGUGUAACCUCACUUCCAGCUCUCAUACCCUUAUGCACAGCUACUGGACAAGGAAUGGGGUAGAACUCACUGCCACUCGUAAGAAUGCCAGCAACAUGGAAUACAGGAUCAAUAAGCCAAGGGCUGAGGAUUCAGGCGAAUACCACUGUGUAUAUCACUUUGUCAGUGCUCCUAAAGCAAAUGCCACCAUUGAAGUGAAAGCGGCUCCUGACAUCACUGGCCAUAAACGAAGUGAAAACAAAAAUGAAGGGCAGGAUGCCAUGAUGUACUGCAAGUCAGUUGGCUACCCCCACCCAGAAUGGAUGUGGCGCAAGAAAGAGAAUGGUGUGUUUCAGGAAAUUUCCAAUAACUCUGGUCGAUUCUUCAUCAUCAACAAGGAGAAUUACACUGAAUUGAAUAUUAUGAAUCUCCAGAUCACAGAAGAUCCUGGCGAGUAUGAAUGUAAUGCCACCAACUCCAUUGGCUCUGCCUCCGUUUUCACUGCCCCAGGGCCCCAAAACCAAUUCAACUGA